GCGAUACUGCGAUUAUCAAUAAUAUCAAUGCACCUAGUGCAAAAAACUGRCAUAAUGCAUUGAGGUGAAAUAUAAAAAGUCCACUCAGUGCACAUUAAUCUUGCCGAUAGAACCAAUAGAACAUAACAAUUUACACUAGUGUAAUCAGUGCAGUGUGGUGGAAAACGCUAUUUGAUAUAUAAUUUCAUCAAAAAAUGUUUCUUUGGGAUUGGGUUACCGGCGUGCUGGGAUAUUUAGGAUUGUGGAAAAAAUCAGGAAAAUUACUAUUCCUUGGUUUAGAUAAUGCUGGAAAAACUACUCUAUUACAUAUGUUGAAAGAUGAUCGUUUAGCACAACACACUCCAACAUUACAUCCAACAUCUGAAGAAUUAUCUGUUGGAAAAAUAAAAUUCACAACAUUUGAUUUGGGAGGCCAUUCUCAAGCAAGAAAAGUGUGGAAAGAUUAUUUCCCUGCUGUAGAUGCAAUUGUAUUUUUGGUAGACGCUUGUGACAAAUCUAGAAUUAUGGAGAGUAAAAAUGAAUUAGAUUCAUUAUUGCUUGAUGAAUCCUUAUCUAACUGCCCYGUACUYGUUCUUGGUAACAAAAUUGAUAGACAAGGUGCAUUGAAUGAAACAGAAUUAAGAAAUUAUUUUGCAUUGAACCAAACAACUGGAAAAGCUAGAGUACCCAGAUCAGAUCUUCCAGGCCGUCCAUUAGAAGUAUUCAUGUGUUCUGUAUUGAAACGUCAAGGUUACGGAGAAGGGUUCAGAUGGCUAGCACAAUAUAUUGAUUAAUGUUUAUAAUAUAUAUAUAUAUAUAUAAAUAUAUUUAAAAAAAAUUUAUAU